AGUUUUUAGAAAGCUCCCGUCGGUGUGUGUGUGUCGGCGUGUCGGUGUAUCAGUCAGCAUGAGGAACGCGAGGACGCUGCGAGGACUCGUCUCCGCACGGUGUCUUCAUCAUCAUCAUCAUCAGCAGCAGCAGCAGCAGCAGCGCGAGCGCUCAGCGGGGAUCAUCGGAGCACCUUUCUCCAAAGGACAGCCUCGAGACGGAGUGGAGAGAGGACCGGACCUGAUCCGAGCUGCGGGACUGCUGCGCAAACUGCACGAGCAAGGCUGUGCAGUGAAGGAUUAUGGGAACCUGGUGUUCGAGGACGUGGUGGACGAUGAACCGGUGGGUCAGUUGAAACGUGUGCGGGCGGUGGGCAGCGCCAACCAGAGGCUGUCAGAGAAAGUGCAGGCUGUGAAGAAGGAUGGACACACGUCAGUGAUGCUGGGAGGAGACCACAGUCUGGCGAUCGGCUCCAUUCACGGUCACUCGGCGGCGGUCGGGGAGCUGAGUGUCCUGUGGGUCGACGCCCAUGCAGACAUCAACACGCCACUGACCACGUACACUGGAAACAUGCACGGACAGCCCAUGUCUUACCUCCUCCAUGAGCUGCACUCAAAGAUUCCCGCCCUGCCGAACUUGUCGUGGAUCAAACCGUGUGUGUCGGCCAAAGACCUGGUCUACAUCGGUCUGAGAGACGUGGAUCCAGCAGAGCACUAUAUCCUGAAGCUUUUAGGUGUGAAGGCGUUUUCCAUGUCGGAGGUUGAUCAGCUUGGCAUAGCCAAAGUCAUGGAGGAGACCUGCGACUACCUCUUCGCCAAAGUAAAGAAACCGAUCCACCUGAGCUACGACAUCGAUGCCAUUGACCCAUCUGUUGCCCCGGCAACAGGGACAUCUGUAGUCGGAGGGCUAUCCUACAGAGAGGGAGUCUACAUCGCUGAAAACGUGUGUAAGACAGGUCUUCUGUCAGCGGUGGACCUGGUGGAGGUGAAUCCUCUGAGGGGCCAGACCGAAGAUCAAAUCCAGUCCACGGUUAACACGGCGGUGGAUGUGCUGCUCGCCUGUUUUGGACGUCUCCGUGAGGGAAACCACCCACCAGAUUACCGCUUGCCCGAGCCUUGAUGGGUAGGGGACGACACCGGCUUCUCCGACUGCUCUGAUGGACACCUGAACGUCUCUGAUCACCUGCAGGAACUAAAGGGACAAUCAGAUUUUAACUUAAAGACCUCAGAGAUGAUUAAACUCCGUGAUGUCAAGGAAGUGCAGAAGUCCAACCUAUGGCGCUUUAAACCAAAGAUGCUCCUGUGGACGGAACGCUCGCUCUCUGCUUUCAGGAGGUCAAUUUUAAAAAACAACAAAGCAUAAAUUAUGUUAUUUAUUGAUUGUUUCAUCUCUGAACUGUCAGAAGAGUAAAAGAGUGACUUGUGAAGACUUUGCAUUAAAGUGAUGUAAAGCAGCAAAGCAGAAAAAUAAAUAACAAGCAAUUGAUGGUGAACAUUGUCGUCAGUGUUCUGUUGAUCAAUUCACUGACCUAUUGACGAACUGUUUGAUCUGUAAAUUUAAUGAAACUACCUCAAAUGUGAAUUCACCAAAAUAAAUUAAAGACAAUGUUUUAUUAUCUGAAAAUGUAAUAAAAUAAAAUUCAUCCUGUUAAAAUCAAACAAUCAGUGAAAGUUUAUAAUGUUUAUGCUACUACAGUCUGUAACCAUGGUGAUGAAGUCAAAGAAGGUUGAAUGUAACUAAGUAUAUUUGCUCAAAUACUGUAAAAGAAUAUUUUGUCAGCAAAAAGACCAUUUCUGUAUUAA